CGCAACCUGACUUUGGCGCGCCAUGGAGACGGUGUUCCCGAUGCCCGUCGUCCGGCGCAAGCAAACACCGGGCCCCGCCGUCGCGCAGCAGCAGUACGCGCCCUUCCGCGCGACGUACAUGGACAAGAAGGCCUACAUUGAUCCCUUGGAAAUGGCGCGCGGACCUGGCUCCCUCGAGAGCCCGCUCGCGGUCACAAAACGACCCAUUACGCUCUACAAAGUCGAGCGCGCGAAAGGCUUCAACCCAACGCUGCCGGUCCACGCCGACGCCAUGUACGACGUCGACCACGGCAUUGCGUACGAGACCACACGCAAGGGCAACGCGCUCGCGCUCAAGUCGGCGUCGCCGCGGUUUCCUGAGACUCGCGACCGCGCGCCAGGUCCAGGAAGCUACCACUGCGAAGAGUUUCAUGGCGCGUUCCCGAUUCUGCUCCACGUGGUCACACCACGGGACGCCAAGGAAGCACAACACCAGAAGAAGGACGCGCUGAAGCACAUGAUGGGCGUCAUCCCGGUCCAGGAGGCACCGACGCCAAAGCGAUCGAUCCGAAAGUCGGCGCUCUCGGCGUCGACGAGCGAGUGCAAGACAAAUCUGUACGCGCUGCAGGAUGUGGUCGUCAUGUCGUCGAGUGACGAUGCUGCGUGUACAACGUCACCGCUCGUGGCGCGACUCACGCCUCGCAACGCGUACAACGGCGCGUACUUGGCCACGCCGACGAUGUGGGUGCAGCCGCCGCCAACGUGCCACCGACCAACGCCACAGAAAGUAACAGUCUCACCACCCAAGAGUGGAAGAAAGCAUAAGCAUCGACGGUCCCCGCGGGUGUUUCUGCGCCUGAGCCCGUGACCCUAACCCCACCCUAACCCUACAACAUGCUUCUGCAGCGCCA